AUCGAGAGAUGCUUCUGCGACAGCCAUACCGAGUGCAUCGCCAAGGCGGAGAACGGGGGAAUGGCGGCGGAGUCCGGUGGAGAAGGAGGAUCACAGUCCUUAGACUCAGGUCCUGACAUGAAGAACGCUUCUUCGAAGGCGAAGGGCGGCGGCUGCAAGGCGGAUAGGAUGGAGGUGGAUAAGGAGGGCGCCUUCUUCCUUGGCCAACCGACCUUCUUCGACUUUGGAGGAGGGAGGCUGCGUUGCCUGGAGACUGGGCACGAGCUUCGCGCCAACGAAAAGGACGCCUAUAGCCGCACCAAGGCUUGCCGGCUCGGACUCAUUGACGCAGCGGUGGCCAAGAAGAGGCUGCCUCUCGACGCUUUUCAACUCCACCCGACUUCGAGGGCCAUGUUGUUGUGCAAGCUGACCGGAGAUACAGUGAACAAGACCGAGGAACACAUCUGGAAACACGUCACUGGAAAGAAAUUUCUCCACAAGUUAGAACAAAAAGAAAUGGAGAAGCAUGCUUCUGCAGAAGGGGAGAAAGAUGCAAAACAACAGAAAAAACAACAAAAUAUGAACAUUUCUUGCAAACAAGGGCGACAGACAGAUGAGAAGAAUAAUAAAUCACUUAACAAACACACAAAGGCAGAGAGUAUGGUUAUAGAGGAGCCUAAUUUGUCGGCCCCUCAUAUUGGAAGUCAUUUGGGUUUUGACGAUGGAAAAGAUUGCUGGGAUUUGCUUGCAAAUUCAAAUGAUGAAGGAGAUGGUGUUAAUGAACUAGAUGGGCCAUUCAAAAAUGAUGAUCCAGAUGCUACUGAGCUAUCCAUACGGACCAAACGGAUGUCAAUAGCUGUUGGGCCAAGCAGCUUUGCUUCGAGGAAAAAGAAAAUUAAGAAAGGCAGCUAAACACGAGAUGAGCCACUCAAUACAUUUUGCAUGUCUGGUUCUCCAUCUUCUAAAUUAAUAUAUCCAAAGGGAAUAAUAGAGGUGUCAAAUGGUUCACUGGAUUGCUCUCAAACAUGCCUUGCUAUGGGAUUCAUAUGGACUCGGAGGUUAUUAUUUGCUUUAUUCUUUUUUGUUUUGGUCUCAUGUUUUUUCAAUUUGUACUUAAUUUUGCUUGUUUUUCUCUGUCCAUAAAUUGUUUAGCAUGUUCUUUAAACAUCUCAAGUUCAUAUGAAAAUCAAUUGUUUUUUUUUAA